GUCAGUGACUGGAUGGAACGGGAAGGAAGCCAGUGUCUGCAGGCACUCGCCCCCGUGGAUGUGCGCACAGAGACAGUAGAGCGAGCCCACUCAGAGUUCGAGGACUUCUUCCUGCGGGCUUCGGCCCAGUACCGCAGAGGCCUGGAGCUGUCCAAGCAGGCAGCCCAGCUGGAAGUUGCAGCUGGAGGGGCAGGCGAGGCUGGAGGGGCAGGACUCCCUGAGCUGGCAGCCUUCACCUCCACCCAGCGAGCCUUCCAGGCCAGGCUGACCCACUUCUACAUGGCAGCUGAGCGGCAGCGCACUGACCUGGAGACGCUGCUGCACCUGCACCAGUUCAGCAAGAAG